AUGUUCAUUGCUCUUUCUGCCCUUAUUCCUGGCUUGAAAAAGAUAGACAAACUUUCUGUUCUUAACAAUGCUGUGGAGUAUGUGAAGUAUCUUCAGCAGCGUGUGAAAGAGUUGGAGCAAGUGAACAAGAAGAGGAAGAUGCAAUCAGAAGGAUGCUUCAAACAAAGCAAAAGCAACGAGGUUGCUUAUGACUCUUCAUGGACCUCUCAUCAUCAUGAUGAUAAAGGUAUCAAGAACUGUUCGAAAGUUGAAGCUAGAGUUGCAGGAAAAGAUGUACUCAUCAGAGUAACGUGUGAGGUGCAAAAGAACAUUGUACGAAAUGUAAUGGCCAAGGUUGAAGCUCAUAAUCUCUACAUAGUUUCCAGCAAUGUUUUGCCUUUCGGGAAUUCCACUCUCGCCAUUACCACCAUUGCUAAGGUACACACUGUUCUUAUAAUGUCGUGUUAUGAAGAGACCAACCAG